AUGGUUGCAGAACAACAUACGGAGGAAUUGCCCUCGGAGGCAACGCCUCUCCUCAAUAAUUCGCCGGCCGAGUUAGACAAGAGCAAUGUUCCUAUCUCAUUCCCCAGAGGUUUUACAAUUGUGUCGGCAAUGGGACUUCUCCUCUUCACCCAAGCUACGAACAUGUCCAUGAUGACAACGGCCCAGUCGGAUAUUGCAGCAGAUCUAGACGCGUUUUCAGAAACAACAUGGUUUACCUCGGCCUAUCUAAUAGCACUGUCUAGUGUCACCCCACUUGCUGGUCGACUCUCCCAAAUAUUUACUCCCCGUGUAUACGUUCUCUUCUCUUGUGCACUUCUAUCGAUAGGUCUUUUCAUCACCGCAGCUGCUGGAAAUCUCACCGUCUUCCUUCUAGGGCGGGCACUUACUGGAUGUGGAGGCGGCGGUAUAAUGGUCACAACAAUAAUCCUUACACUUGACCUGACCAGCAAAAAACGGAGAGGGUUAUACAUUGGGCUGAUCAAUGUUGGCAUGACGACCGGUGUCUCUACCGGUGCGGUGCUGGCUGGAUUACUAACGCCGGCUUUUGGAUGGCGCAUUAUCUUCUGGUUUCAAGCACCACUUUGCCUCACCCUGGGCCCUAUUCAGUACCUUGCUAUACCCCCUAGUUCAACGGAUAACGAGCCCCUCUGGGGUCGUGCCUUGAUACGGAAACUGGCUAAAGUCGACUAUGGCGGAGCCUUAGCUUUGAGUAUCUCCGUCUUCUUGCUGCUCUUCAGCCUUGCCUCGCCAGAGAUUCAACUUGCACCGUUGAUCUUGUGUCUUGUCCCCUUCGCCGUAUUUUUGUUGAUUGAAUCCCGAUUUACGUCGGAGCCCAUAAUCCCGGUAGAAGUCCUUGGCAUGCGAAGUGUUGUCUUGACCUGUCUCUCAGGCCUUGCUUCAAUGAUGGCCCGCUGGUCAGUUCUCUUCUUCACACCCGUGUACGCAAUGGUCGUCCGAAACUGGUCGCCGGCUUCUGCCGGCCUGAUCCUAGUGCCGACAAACGCUGGUUUUGGUCUCGGAGGCCUUCUCGUAGGCUGGUUGCAUAUUCGCAAAACCGGAAGUUACUAUAUUUCGAAUAUCAUUGUUUUCUUGUCGUUUGCACUGGCGAACCUUGUCCUCGCAAUUCUCUCAACACCUACCUCACCUACUAUCGCCUAUCUGGCCGUGACAUUCCUUGACGGUCUUGCGGCCGGCGCGUUGAUGAACUACAGCUUAUCUCAUCUCCUGCAUCUCACCAGACCAGACGUGCAUUAUGUCGUGAGCGCCCUGAUCGCCAUGUCGAGAGGCUUCGCGGGAAGCUUUGGCUCUGCCAUUGGCGGAGGAUUCUUCCAACGCCAGUUGAAAACAUCCUUGGAGACCGGAUUCGCAGCCCAUGGUCUACCAGAACGGGAUGAACUUAUCCGCAAGCUGCUCGGUAGCCCGGCCCUGGUAAAGAGAUUAACUGGGGUUGAAAGGUUAGUCGCAGUACAGAGCUAUGAACAAGCGGUUAAAACACUGCUGCUGGGAAGCUGUGUUCUGGCCCUGGCGGCAACGGUCGCCCAAGCGGGCACAGGCUGGAGACCUGCCCGGGAUGAUGGAAAAGUAAGAGAUGAUCUCGAGGAUACUGGAGACCGGGAGUAG